GCUGAGGAGGCCCAAGUGGAGGCUGUGCCCCGGGGAGGUGGGGCCUGCAGGGCCGUGUGGGGCUGAGGAGGAUGGGAUUUCGAUAGGGGCCGUGGGCUGGUUGGGGACGGAGCCUGGAAGGGGCUGAGGGAGCGGGCAGGAGCGGCACGGGGGUGGUGUGGGGCUGAACUGAGGCUGAGGGGAUGCGGCCCGAAGGGGCUGUGACGGGUCGGGGCGGCUGGGGGAGGCGGGCGGCAGCAGCGGGGCCCGGCGGGAUGUUGGCGGUGCAUCUCCGUGCUGCCGGGCCGGGGGGCAGCGGGCCGCUGUGUUCAGUGCAGCAUCCCUCCGUUAUGCAGGGCUGGGGAAAAAAAUAACCGUGAUUACGGGCGUUGUGGCUCCUUCCGUGGGAACCUCGUGCGCGGGGGGGGUGGAAAUCCCGUCCCCCCGCUGCCUGCGCGCACGGUGUUUCGCUGGGAAGCAGCAGUGCUGGGUGUGGGGCUGCAGACCCCCCCCCAAAACACAGCCGAGGGCCUGGAGAGGUGAAUUCUGAAUGCGGAGUGUUUGUGUUACGGGUCGGCAGCGAUUGAGGAUGACUGGGGGGAUCUCUGUGCUUCCCCUUCCUUACGUCGUGAUGUUUUACGUGUAAUUUGUGGCUGCUUGGUGACGGUUAACGAGUGACGUAUUGCCAGAAAGCCUUUCCAGUCAGAAAGCUGCGGACGCGGCGUAAUUCCCUUCAUUUGGGCGGUAUUGGAAUUAAGGAUUCCGGUCAGGACGCUGUGGGGAUGCACCACAGAACCGGGAGCAGCAGAGGGAUGAGGCAGCGCUCUGCCUUUGUGCUCAUCCCUCACCGGCACCUCUCUGCUGGCUGACACAAUGCUGCUGACUUUAUUGCUGGGUGCAGCACGGUUCCUGCUUGGGAAGCGAGGUGAGAGCCGGACCUGAGCAGCAAAGCAGGCAAUGUUAUCUCUAGGUUUGCUUUUAUGGAGGUGUUAAGGUGGGAGAUGCUGCUGGGUGUGCUGAAUAGCCGCUCUCAUGCGGUACAGCUGUAAGAAGGCCACGUGCUCAAUGCGUGCAGUGGCACCGGUGUGCAGUAAUUCUCCUGAUGUCGUCGUGUGGGUCCUGUUGGCCACGUGUGUUUGGGAGCAUUGUGCCAGCCUCGGUUCCAGCGCAGGGAUUGGGAAGUUUCAUGACAGCUGUUGGUGUUGGGCUGGGCCUUGCUGUUGGCUUUUGAUAGAAAAUGGGUGAGGUCCAGCAUAAGGUGGCUGAGGAAUAGGUGCCAAAUUCAAUUGCACAAAUGAAUUGCUUCUAAUAAUUUAAGUCCGGUGCGCAUUGGGAGGGAAAGAAGAGAGGGAUUGCCCAGGUUGGACUGGAAGAGAAAUUGAUUGCAGAGUGGACUGAAAGAGCAAUUUUCCUGCGGUGUCCAAAGGACUUCAGGGCAACUUCUGGCAGUGCUGGCCUGCAGGGUCUCCUCUGGGAUAACUCAGUGAUGGGAGGUGAGACGUUCUGCAAACAAAAAGGAGUUUGUUUCCUUCCUUCCCUCCCUUCUUCGUGUCAUCCAUGGCAUUUCAGUGGAAGCAGAGAUGCUGCAGCACUGUGUUUUUGCUCCCAAAUUGUUGUUGUGUUGCACUGAAGAACUGCAAUAGGCAGUAGGUCCAGAGCAGCAAUAAAAACCCCAGUCAGGUCCAGAGCUCACUGAUAAUCUGAGGGCACAAAAAGUAGAAACCUGCACAGCUCUGUUUGUUUUCCCCUUUUUAAGCCUUUGAAUUUUUGGCUGUAUUUCAAAUGAAAAUACUCUUUUCCCUUCCAUCUGUCGUUGCUCCUCUUGCAGGACUUUCUGUUACUGCGAUGGCAGUAAUAUUUCAGCGAUUGUAUUUAUGCUCAGAAAUAUUUUGUGAUCUCAUAUUGUUUUUGUGCCACUGUCUGAGUGCAUGGCAUGGAACACGAGGCUUGGCUGCUCCAGGUUUGCUCCCAGGAGCUGCAGGACUGCUUUCCUUUCAACACUGACCUGGCUGUGUCUGUGACAGGGGAGGCUGCAGCUCGGCCAGGUGUGACUGCAGCACGUUGUUGGUCUGAGCGACGGAAGAGAAUCAGGUGACAAACUGCAUCUCUUCUUUAGAACGCUGAUCUGCUGAUCCUGGGGGCCUGGUGUGACAAAUGGGUUCUUUUAGAAGCCCCCAAAGUUACUGCUGGGAAAAGAUGCAUUCAGUUUGACAGAAGCUGUUUUGAGCACUGAGAGGCGCGAAGCGCAGAAACGUUCAGCCUGGGCAAUAGGAAAUCCCUCUUCUCUGUAAUAACCACCCCCCUCAGUCUUCUUUCUUUCCUGCCAAAGUUCCUGAUUUCUGCACGCGCUGAGUUCAUCCCCACAGCACUUACAGAAAUUGCUCCACACGCUGUUAACUUAGAAAAGCCACACAGAUGGAAGCAGCAGAGGUGCACGGCUACGGCUACCCAAGCGUACAGCGUGGUUUGUGGGACGGGACGGCGAUGGAUGCAGCCCCAUGUCUGCUCCUGGCCCUGCAAUGGGAUGGCAGCUGCACAGAGCCCCUCGGAUGAUGCACCCAGUGUCUCCUCCAGCUGUGCUGAGAUCCUGUUCCAGAGGUGUGUGGAGGCAGCUACUGCUUGUCUUAGAAUAGGCAAACUAGGUACCAGGGACAUUUCUCUGUUCAGGUUAGUCCAAGAUGGCAGACCAGAGGCAACGCUCGCUGUCUACCUCUGGGGAGUCAUUAUACCACGUGCUGGGACUGGACAAGAAUGCUACUUCUGAUGAUAUUAAGAAGUCAUACAGGAAACUUGCACUGAAAUACCAUCCUGAUAAAAACCCUGAUAAUCCAGAGGCAGCAGAAAAAUUUAAAGAGAUCAAUAAUGCACAUGCAAUAUUGACCGAUGCGACAAAGAGAAACAUUUAUGAUAAAUAUGGCUCCCUGGGUCUGUAUGUAGCAGAGCAGUUUGGAGAAGAAAAUGUGAACACAUACUUCGUGCUAUCUAGCUGGUGGGCAAAGGCCUUGUUUGUGUUCUGUGGGCUCAUCACAGGCUGCUACUGCUGCUGCUGUCUGUGUUGCUGCUGUAAUUGCUGCUGUGGGAAGUGUAAACCUAAACCUCCUGAAGGCGAGGAGCAGGAAUACUACGUCUCUCCAGAGGACUUGGAGGCACAGUUGCAGUCAGAUGAAAGGGAGGCCUCAGACGCACCUAUUGUGAUACAGCCAGCAUCAGCCACAGAGACAACCCAGCUCACAGCUGACUCUCAUCCUAGCUACCACACUGAUGGAUUUAAUUAAGUUAAGGAAACACUGUAAUUAGAAUGGAUUAAAAAAAAAAAAUACAUGGCCAACUCAACACUAGAAUCAUGAACAUUAGAAGUAGAGAAUGGGGAGGGGGAAAAAUUCUGCCACAGUUAGAAGGCAGCUUUCCAACCUGCUGAAAGUAUUUUGUAAUCCCUUCAGCCUUUUGUCACCUUUCAGUGUCGUAUCUUGAUGAUACCUGAAGUGCUGUAGCAUGCAGUAUGUAAAGCAGUUUAGCUACGGUCUUAUGUUUCCUUUCUCUUCCUUUUUUUUUUGGUUUUUUUUUGGUUUUUUUCUUUUUUUUUUUUAAAUAGCAUGUAUGGAGUUACGUUAAAUGUCUGUGGUGUAAUGUAUUGAGUUGUCACAGUAUGUGUGAUGGAGACAUUCUGCAUUUUAAGCAGUGAUACUGGCCUAAAAUGAGACUUAAAGUUUCACAGGAGCCACCAUACUUUCAUACAGCCAAGCUGUCAAAGACCCUUAAAAAAAUUCAUUAUUUUUAUUUGGGUGCAACAAGCCAAUUCUCUUAUUCCUCCUUCUAUUCCUGCGUUGCUACCUAAGCAAGUUUACAAAGCCAAGAACCAAAAAAUGUCAGUCCUGCAGAGCUAGAAUUCUCUUUUAAUGCUGGUUUACAGCUUAAAUAAAUACACCUUGAAAAACAAGAAGGGAGAGUUUCCAAUCUUUGAACAAUUAAAUUGAUCAACAGCUCUUCAUGCACAAGGGUUAUCUUCAGUGAUGGUGUAACCACAAACUGUGGUUUGUCACAAAGGCAGCUGUGAAUGGGUUUAGUGGUGGUGACAGUGGGACUUUAACUUCAAGCACAAUUCUGUUCUGGUUUGAGUUCAAUCCUUUUCCUGAAAUGCUAAAGACCAAAUAGUGCAGCUUCUUUGAAUGCAUGAGAAUCUUAAAGUGAAACUGGUUAAUUGGUUUUCACUGAGCAAGUGAGUAAAAUACAGGCAGUAGGUGACAGCAUAAAUGUUAAUAAUUGUGGUUUAUUUUUUUUUUUUAAUUUUUGUCUAACAAUCUGAGAUACUGAUAGACAAGUGAGGUAUUACAUGUUGUUUUUUAAAGUUGUUAUAAUAUGUUAGCCCUUUAAUUUUCUCAUGAGCAUCUUUGUGGAGUACUGAAAUGGCUUUUUAAGAACAAAACACUUUUUAUGUUGAUGUUGUAUGAUUUGCACAUUGUCUUACCUUUAGACUUGUUUACACCAGUGUUCUUCUUUCCCUCAGAAAAGCGGUAGGGAAACGAUUGAAAAGUUUCCUGAGCUAUUUUGAAGCCAAAUCGUGUUUGAAUACUGCUUUUGAAACAGCUGUUCAUUGGGAUUUAACUGAUAAAUAGGCAUUUUAGCUGCUGAAUUGCUGGCAUGUUUUGUUAUUAAUAACCUUGUUUUAAAUGAUACGGAGUUGGAAUCUGGAACAGCAACUCGUAAGCUUACACAUGGCAUGUUUAGCAGUUAAUUGCCUUCUCCUUAAUUUGAUCUUAAUGGUUUUCUAUCACAAUGCCUCUCCUUUCCUUUGUACCUCCAUCUCCCCUUCCCUGUUGGUCACCUGUCUCUGUGGAGAGGCUAUUCACAGCCUUCCAUCCCAGGUUUCAUUUGAGGUCUUUCAUGCUGCUCUUUUACAAGAUACAGGUGUUACUUGGGAAGGGGGGCAAAGAGCACUGUCAGUCUGUAGGAAACAGCCAGAACACGAGGGGGGAUCUCCUGCCAGAGAACCAUCCUGAACAUAUUUUCACUCCACCUCUGCAUGAGCUGCACAUGGCAGGGCACACCAAGUGUGACACAAAGCCACACCGAGCAGAGCGUUGUCACUGCAGUCUGGGUGCUGAGUUGGAACACGUGCACUGUGAGAUGUGUGCUUUGGGUACCGACACAAUUAUUGCCUGCAUGUGAGCCUGUUGCAGAUAGGGAUGCUUUUGGUGCCAUGUCAGCUUCCAAAGAUUCAAAACACUCCUAAUUUACUGACUAGAUGGAAGUGGCACACUCGUUAGGUAAUUCCUUCCUUGUUGGUAGUCCUUCCAUCCUGAAAUGCAGUGGAUUACUGGAAGAUGCUUCUAACUCAGAAUCUCUCUCUCGGGUGGCCUUGAGGACAGCAGUGCAUUAUUUGGCUCAAGGUCCUUAUUUAAUUAAAGCUUUUGUUUGACCCCUUAAAAAAGAAAGCAGUUUUAAAGCUUGAAUAGCAUCACGUUGGCUGUCCUUGUAGGCUUUGCCUGAUGCCACGUCUCGAUGUUGAGCUGCACGAUGAUCUGCAGGCUUCCUCCCUCAGAGCUGGCUGGCUAAAAUUGCCCUUACAGGCUGCAUGGGUCACUUCAUGUUGUUGGUAACAGAGCUGGUAGUGCUUUGUAGCUGUGUAAAUGAGUGUGUUGGUGUGGCUGGGUCGGUAGAACGAGCAGAAGGAAGUUAACCCUGUGUGCUGUGUGUAAUGCUCCCUGUGUCCAUCCAGGUGUGUAGCAAGGACCAGCUGUGUAGGACUGCUGACAGCAGAGCUGACGUGUGGAGGCUGAGGUGAUACCUUUCUCUGUGUUUUGCACUACUUGAAAAAGGUGAUAUCCAGGAUAAGUGUGCUGUUUGUGUUCUUUAAGAGCUGCUGCGUUCCUUUCAGCUGUUCUGUGGGUGGUGUGUGAAUGGCAAGUUAGUCCUGUCCUGUUAGUGCUGGGUGCUCCAAGGGGAACUGCACAGGGGAAUGAGAGAAAACACGUUUUUAAGUGAUAUUUUUUGAAAUGGUUUGUUUGCCCACAUUACCCUGAAACCUCUGAAUUUAAAGUUAUUAAUGUACUUCUUCCUGAAUUGUAUAAGGAAUGGGUGAAUGCCUGCUUGGUUGUGUUGUUGGAGAUAAGGUAUAAGAGCAUCCUGGGCUCUAACGUGAGUUGCACUUCAAAAUGGCCAAAUGUAAUCCCAGUAAAGAUAAAGUUGUGCUGGAAAUAAUGGUUAACAAAUGUGGUGUGGCUCGGGGUGUGGGCUGGUGGAGCUACCAGAUGCAAAGCAGCAGAGCCUGGCGGGCACCAAGCCCUGCUCACUGCUCAUACACAGAAUAGUUCCUUCCAAAGCUCCACCUGAGCACUGCCACUCUCUGCUCAGCCUGUUGCCAGAAUUAAAACUUGAGCUUUGAUUUCUGUUGUUGUUGUAGGUUAUAAAGGUCGCAUUCCUGUUAGUUUGUCGUUUGUUUUGUUUUAUGAGUUGCCUGACACCUCCGUGUCAGCAGCCCAACCUCCUCCCAGUGCACAGAACCACUUGGCAGCACUUUUCCUGGCACUGCCCUGCAGUCCUUCUCCUCAUGCAGGACGGCCCCCGGGAGCCCCUCUGCAUGGCUGCAGGGCCCAGGAGGAGAGGGAGCUGCUGCUCUGGCUGGGGAUGCCCGGCUGCACUCUCACUUGAAGCAAACAAAGGGCAUUAGAUGCCAGUUUCAUUUAGUUAGUGACGUAUGUAGGAUAUUCUGAAUUAUUUAUCUGUAUAUAAACUUAAGUGAACCUCAGUGGUGUCCGAUCCGGUGUAGAUUUCUGCUGAUACCACACAGUGAUGUUUUCUAGCCACGUUCCCUUUUUAGUCUUAUUUUUAAAUUUGUAAUAUUUUUAAACUGCUUUAGAUAUUAGUGCUCAUUGUGUUGGUAAUGUGUGAUGCUGGUCAGGGCCGGGCUGCACACAGCCUGCACCCAUCUGAAGGAGGUGUGAGCAGCUGUCCUGCAGCAGUGCUGUGGGAUGGGUAGGCUUCUCCCAGCCCUCUGUGUCAGAGCCUAUAAAUGCAUACAGGUGUUCACAGGUGGGAGCCUGGCAGAAAAUACAUUCCUGUCCCAUUCUUAAAGUUGUGUGGUGUAGAGGGACCCAAGUGUGCUUUUUCAGGCUGUGUCUCAGAGCACUGUGCUCCAUGAGAGGUGCUCUGUUCUCAUGUAGUUUGUGCCCACGGUCUCUCUGGUGCCCUUCAGUGUUACUGACAUUUCUGGCUCCUUUAGGACGUGUCAAUGCUGUGGUUCUCCCCACUCAGUGCAACUGGACGUGAUGUUGAGCAGGAGGUUCAGGACUGAUGGCACUCAGCAGCCCCUGCCUCGUGUUCUUAAUUCCAGAUGCUGUCUCUGUGCAUUAAUCUUAGAAUCUGAGCACUGGUACAUAACCCCAGCACCACUGUGUGUAGUGUAAGGUUGGUGUAAGCUUAACUUGCUUCCUCGUUUGGUGCUGCUUAUCUGUAUUAUAGUGGAAAUCAUCUAGUAGUGUACUGCUACACCAACAGCUGCUUAUAACACCCUGAAAGAAGUGUAACUCUUAGCUGACACAGUGGCAGAAGUUGUCAGUGCCCAAGUCCUGCAGGAACUGUUCUGCUCCAUGCACUGUGCUCAGAGCUUCAGUGCUGGGACCGAAAUGCUCCUUGCAUUCCAGAAGGAUGUGUUCUGUGCCAGAGGGAACUGCUGGGGAAGCUGUCUGUCUUUUAUGUUUGCACAAGCCAAAUGCCAUACAUCUGGAAGACAAACUUUUGUUUGAAAAUAAGAUGCCAAUGUUAACGUGAGCAAUGGAUUUCCUUGUUUCAAGGAUAGAUGCUGGCAAUUUCUGGUGGUUUUAUAUAUAUGUAUAUGUGUAGAGGAAGCUCUUAUAUAAAAUGGCCAUUCUUCUUUGAGUGCUGUUGUCUUCUCUGCUCUUUCCCUCACCACCAGCAAUGUGGGUGUAUUCUCGUGGUCUGUAGCAGUUGCUUACCAUGCUGUCUGUACAGUGAUGGCUUCCAAGCAGGGUGACAUCUGAGCUCUGCCAACAUCCCUCAGCCCCGACCUGCUUGACAGGAGCUGGGCUUCACCGUUCUGGCUUUGCUUUAUGGAAGGAGCUGAAACCCAAGGGCGAUACUGGAAGAACUUUGGCUUGUGCUGCUGGUGUGUGGGAUGUUUUAAAGGUGGUUGAGAGAUUCAUCUCUGGAGGUAACUGCAUUGGGUUUUUUUUCCUAUGCCAGUUCUCAGCACAUUGUACUCACAGAGCGGGAGUCAGCUCACAAACCUGUGCUGUAGGUUUUGGAUUGCAGCAUCAUGUGUGUAUGUAUGUAUAUAUGCACAUAUGUACAUAUUUAUACAACAGGUGUGCACCCAGUCCUUGCUGCUGUUUUUCUGUGAUGGUAAAACACUGAAUUUGGCCCCAAGUCCUUCUCACAGACAGACAGGUUUUGUGUGUCCAGAGCUGUGCUUCCUCCUUUCAGCUGCAGGGAACACCAGAUGGGAUCUGUGGCUGAUGGAGGAAACGAUGGAAGGCUCCUGUUGUAUAAAUAGGUGAUACAAAUAGGAGAGCUGUCUGCUUGGAAAGGGAAAAGCAGCCUUCUACCCUGGAAGCCUUCCCUCCUUGUUGGGGUGAAUGGAGAUGUGACCGUCGGCGCAGUGUGGUCUGUGGCUCAGUCUGUAGUGCUCACAGGUUGGAUUUGUAGGACUUGGAGCUGUUGCACACCAUAAAACUGAAGUUAGGUGGUGAUCUGUGCAGGGGCACAGCUGGAUGCAGGGGGGGACAUGUGGGGACUGCUUGUGGGGUGGGGGGGAACCAGUGGCUGAAAGUAAGAGACUGUAAAAAAAUAAUAAUAAUAAUAAUAAAAACUUACAAAAAAAACCCCACAAUCAAAGUAUAAAUGCAUCUGAGAAGCAAUUAUAAUAUAGACAUAUAUAUAUUUUGUUAUGUUACUAAAGGACCAUACUUUGAAUUGUAUGUAAGUAGAUGUGGCUGUCAGAACUUUGUGGAUUGUAACACUGGAUACUACUGAGCUCCUGUACAUACCUGCAGUUACAGCAGAAGGAAUUAUUUUAUGUUUUAGCAUGGUAAUUUGUGUAUCGUAUGUCCAGAUAGAAACUAAAAUAAAGAUUGCUAAGUUAUCUGAAACCACUGUUGUAAAAUAAAUGUUUUCAAUGCA